GCGAUUGGUCGAACGUAGACGCGAGUGUCAAGAAAUCGAAAACAAACACGGCCUUAUCUUCGAAAAAUGUUCCUCCUCUGGCAGUGUACCCCAUUCCUUGCCUCUAAUAAGAUGGUCAGGGUUUCUCGUUGCGUUUUCGAGACCUCAUUAGCCGGAAGUGAUGGGAGAUAAUGUGUCGGAGACUUCGAGUAACUGGCCGAGAGAUGAGCUCGUGUUCGUAGAUGAGCUAAGGCGCCAUGGCGAACCCAGGAGCAAAGGUGAUUCUCAAGUGCAAGAAGUGGACGACACGGUUUCAGCUGCCGUUUCCCUCGUGGUGGGUGGUGCUCGGCAAGGAGUGGUUGCUCUCUGCGCAAGUGUGGCACACAUCAUGAGAGAAAGGAAGAGGUUGCAGCAACGUGUGGCAGAGUUAGAAGAACAAGUAACCACCUUGGAGAAUUCAAGCAGUGCCACUAUCUCCGUCACAGACUGUAGCACUUCUCAAAGCCAAACCACAGACUCCCAGAGCCUUCACGAGUCGCCAUUAUCUCAGAGAUGUGGCUCGGCUCCUCCUGCUUUCAUUACAAGUGCCCUGAAAUAUGCCAAAAAUGAUAAUCAGAAUAUUGGAGGAGACUGUUCUGUUGACUCCUCGAGAUGCACAGGAGAAGAGAGCAAACUCGGUAGCAUUCACCAAAGAGGAACAGUAGAAAGUAGGACAUCUAGUGUCAGUAUGCCUGAAACCAACUCUAACUUUAUACACAAGAAUCAUUUUGAAACAGACAGGAAAGAGGCCUUCCACAGAGGUCAGAGCUAUGCUUCAACACGUAGUCUCAAUAUUGGUGGUCACCUAUCGUCUGGAAAUUUUGUUAGAAGAAAAUACAGUACUAUAAGUUUGAGGAGAGUAAGAAGAAGAAGUACAGCAAGUAAAAAGGCAGCAGAUACAGCCUGGAGUUCCAGUAGCAUUAAUGGCAGUGGCAGUAAUUUGGAUCAGCAGAGCAAUGGAAAGUCCUGCAUUGUUACAGUGGCUGAGGUCCAUACAGAACCUCCCAUUCAGCAGUCUAAUAAUUCCGUUUCAGAGAAUGAUGCUGUAGUUUUGGCAAGACAUUGACUAUUUUCUUAGAAAGGAACAGUUCCAGAAAAUCAGAAUGAAACUUUUGUGGCAACUACACCUGUAGCUGAGCCAAAUACAUCUCAGAGUCAAGAUUUUGGGGAAUUAUGUGCUCCUCACCCACUUACUGGCUGUGAAUGCUUAAUCUGUAUGCACCUCUCCAGUGACCCUGACUGUCACCUGUAUGCUCUCACAACUGAGGAAGGAGCAUUACUACCUCCAGGGAGUCAUGUUCUGGUGCGCGGAGAUCACGUGGGCACUGUGUUGUAUCUUGGUCAUGACAAGUACCCUACAAAACAGAUGAAAAAUUACUUUUGGCCUUCACAAGAGCCAGCUGAAAAUGGUAAACGCCAGGCUAUAUCAGAAGAGAGCAUGGAAACUGGCAUAGGUAUUGCAGAAGAUGAAGUUCCUCCAUGUGUGCCUGUCAGACCAGUGGGUGUAACCAUCAGACUUUGGCCACCAGAUGCUGGGCAAAUGUUUGUACCACUUAGUGCUGUUAUUUGUCAGUUGGAUGAUGAACAGGAUGCUGUUCUGAGUGAAUUACACAAUCAAGAAUAUGAAUACAUGGAUGAAGAUAGUGAAGACACUACCACAUCAAGGACAAGUAUAACUUAUGAAUAUCCCACAGAAUUCCCAUCACUACCAAGUCCUUCAAUUCAUGCAAGUGCAGAAGAAUGUAGACCUCCAGUACUUUCAUUCCGGGGUUCUAACAAGCCUAAAGAUUCAUGUGAAACACCAGUACGUAAAGUAUCAUUAGAGGGGUACUUCAUACGUUCACCGAGCAUCUCAUCAUACAGCUCUGACUCUACUCGAAGCUUAGGAGAUCUGUCUGUGUAUGGCCUGGAGUACCAGGAAGAAGGAGUUGGUUUUGAGGAAGGUGCUAGUCCAGAGCAUUCUGCCCAAAAAUCUUUUAUUAGGCAGAGGAAUUCACGCUCUUCAAUAGUUCUGUCACAACCCCCUUGUGAUCAGGAAAUAAGCAGCCAGGAAAAUUCUAGUUCUGGUACCUCAUCUCUGAAUGCUACAUUUAUAUACAGGCCCGUAGAUGAAGAAGGUUCUUGUAGUCCUAAGGAUUCAGGGGAAUGUGCCUCUCUGUAUGAUACUGCAGACUCAGCAAUUAGUCUGACAUUCAUGAAGAGAUACAAAGAAUCGCUCGGUAGCACUGAGCCUUCAAGUAUGUCUGACACAGACAGAGACUCUCCUCACUUUGGGGACACUUGGGACUCUGGAUGUUCGGUGGGAAGAGGGAGAUGUAAAAGCGAUUCUUCUGGUCAUUUUUCUGAUGUGGACUCAGAGAGCAGUCGAUUCGGGUCACCGUGGGUGAAGAAUCUGAGAGAUGCUCUAGACUCCGUGUGGGCAAGGCAGCAGAAUUCUAAUUAUAAUAGAAAUUAUGAUUCUAGAAAUAAAACGGCAUCUUCAAGAAGGAAAGGGAAAAAGACCUGUGGAAAUCACUUGGACUUUUUCAAGAACAACAGGAUAACCAAGAUUUACAUUGAUCAUGGCACAACAGAACAUUCCCAGGUCUAGGGACCAGGAUCACAGGAGACCCUUCUGCUGCAGUAUUUUUUUUAGUUAUUGAAAUCAAUAGGUGU